AAAUUUUAUUUUAUACAGGAUUUAAUAUUCAGCAGUAACAAUUACAGUGACACAAGUUCUUGUAGAAUUGUACAUAACAACUGACUCACACAGUCAACAAUAAAUUCUUCAAUGAUCAGACAUUUUAACCAACUGCUAUAGAAAACCAGGCAAGUCAACAAAGUGCAAGAAAUUUUGGGAAAUGUGUCAAAAAUGCCACCACGUAGGAGAAAAGAAAAAGAAUAUAUAUAUCCUGAAUAUUCUGACUUUGAUUCACAGGAUGAAGGUCUUGGAUCAUCAAGUACAACAUGUUCAGAGUAUAUGCCACAGAGACCCCCUCGUCGAUCACAGUUAAACCCAGCUUCAAAAUCCUCAGUGAUAAAUAUUCCAGAUCUAAAGCGGUUAAAUAAAAACUCUUUAUUGUUAGUUUUGCUAUUAGGAUUAUUGGUAUUUAAUGUUUUCUUGUACAUAAAAGUUGAUACAUUACAGUCCAACACUCAAAGUUUGCUGGAAAAAAUUAAUCAGUUAGAUAAUGUAUCAGAUGAAAAGUUUUCUUUCCUUUUUGGUGACACACAGACUUACUCAGAAUCAAUUAAAACAAUGGCAAAAAUUGAGGACAGAAUAAAAAAUGCUAAUAAUGAAAAGGAUGAUAUUCUAAUGUCAGUUGGAUUAAUAAGAAAUGAUGUUGAAGUGCUCGGAAAGAACUUAACAAAAAUGAAUGAAACAUUAAAAAAGGAAAAGUCUGAUUUAAAUAUUUUAGUUGAAGAGAUUGAAACUGUUAAGUCAGAACAAGAAAAUGUUAGGGCAAUUCAGGGAGAUAUUGAGAUUGUAAGAAAGUCGGCUGAAAACUGUCUCUCUUUAAAAGAUGAUCUCACUUUCAAAGCAGAUAGAAUAACAAUGAUGAAUACCCAAAUGGAAAAAAUAAGCAAAGAUUCAUCAUUUUUACAGCAAGAACACAACCGGUUCAGUCAAAAGUUACAGGAAUUUGGAACUAAGUUGACGGAGGAAAGUAAUUUGUUAGAUACAAAUACAGAAGAAGUGGCACAGUUAAAAGAAGUUACUCAGCAGUUAAAUGUGAGCUCUAGAAAACUAAAUGAUUCCUUUGUUGUCUUAGGAACUGUAAUUGCUAACUGUAGUGAACAAAUGGACAAAUGUAAAGAAACAGCUGAAAGGAUGGAAUUAAUUAUUAGAAAUGAGACUUUCUUAAACAGUUCCUUUAAAGUAUUAGAAAAAGAAAUGGAAAUUUUAAUUACUAAUAUGUCUACCUUCAAUGGUGACUUAAGCACAGAAUCAAAAAGGUUUGACAACUUAAAGCUGUUAUUGAAAACUGUACAAGAAAAACAGGGAGAAAUUAAGAUGAUGGAUUCUAAAUUAGAUGAGGCACAGCAGUCAGUCAGUCAUUUAGAAAAAGAUCUAAUAAAACAUGUUAAAGAGAUUGAAAAAUAUCAAAAAGAAUUUCCUUCCAUCUCAAAAAUACCAGACAGAGUACAGACCUUGAAUGAAACUAUAGGAAUAUUAAGUAUUGAUAUUGAAGACAAAUGGGUACUGGUACAGAGAAUGGCUGUUGUUUUUGUCCUACUUGUUUUGUCCAUAUGUGGUGGUCAGUUUUACAACAGAAAGAACAAGAUUGAUGAAAUGGAUAAAAAAAUACAAUAUCUAACAGAAAACAAGGAUAAACCAUCUUUGCAAUAUGAGUCACUUAGUAUUGUUGAGCAAAUAAAGAGAACACAACCAGAGGAACUUGGGAACAAGUUCUGUGUAAUUAGUUUCAGUCAAGAAACACACAACAAACAUAGAAGAAUAACAAGACCUAGUGUGGAGGGUCGACUGAGGAUUAAAAAAAUGGACGAAGCAGAUUUCGUGGUAACCAAUGAUAAAAGUGUGUUGAAUAUACCCCGCUGUAAAGUCCUAUUGGUAUUUGUGGACCACAAUCAAAAAGAUGUGAUUUUAGAGACCCCAGGUGAAGAUGAAGAAGAUAUCAAACUAUUAACAGUACAGGCCUGUCGUAAAAUCGGAGCCGAUGUGUUUGUGAUAUACGUUGGUGAUGAAGGAUCAGAAACACUAAUGGCAGGGUGUCUGUACAAUCCACAGUUAACUACAGUAGCGGAACAUUUUGAGCUCAAACAACUUGAGCAGAGAAAUAGAGUUAUUACAUGCCACGAGAAGUUCACCAUCACACAGCGAGAGAAGGUAGCACAGGCUAUUGCUUAAUUAGAUCAUAGCUGCAACCUGUUGCGUAAAUUUUGUUGAUGAAGUAUCUGCCCUCAGUUUGUUACACCAGCAUUUAAAUGCUUGAUUUGAGGUGAAAUAUUUAUAUUACAUGUAUGGUAGAUGAUGAAGGAGCAAAGUCACUGAUGAUAACAUUCAAUCCAGAUAAACAAGUUUCAGAACAUUUUAUACUUGAACAACUGGAGCAGAGAGACAUAUAACUGUUACUGUAUAAUGUUUUAUGAGGAGUUCACUGUUUCACAAGGAGAGAAGGUACAAAUGUAGUGCAGACAGUUAUGUUGAAAAAAAUUUAUGUGUUCAGAACUUUCAAUGAUGAAAGAAUUACAUAUGUAUUCAAAGAGCGCUAACAAGAUAUUGUUUAUACAAAAAAAAAUAUCAAUGUUGGAUUCAAUAAUCUGACCUUUCCUUUUUAGCUCACCUGGCCCAGAGAACCAAGUGAGCUUUUCUCAUCACUUGGCGUGCGUCGUCGUCCGUUAACUUUUACAAAAAUCUUUAUCUUUGAAACUACUGGACCAAAUUUAACCAAACUUGGCCACAAUCAUCAUUGGGGUAUCUACGGUAGUUUCAAAAAUGUGUCCAAUGACCGACUGUAGACUGUCACUUAAUAGGAGUGAUUGCCCUUUAAUGAGAAUUUUUUUUACCCUCUUUUGUGUUUUGAGCAAAAACUAAAGAAGAUAGAGAGAAACUAAACAGACCAAAUGAUUAGCACUACAAGAUCAACAAAACAGAGAUUUUUGUCAUGAAUUCUAUUCUCGUCUACAAUAUUAGAGAGUGUCUUUUGUUGAAUAUGCACAUAGACCAAGGUGAGUGACACAGUACUAAGUAAUUUAUAAUUUGAUAUAAUAUAAUAUGAAGCCCCAAUAACAGUAAGAAAACCAAUGAAAAGAAAAAUCAAACUAUUAGUGAAUCCAAAAUCGUUAAAUUUUACAUCAAUGAUAAUUCACGGGGCUUUCAUAUACUCCUUUUAAAAUAUUGUGCUACCUUGACAUAGACAAAGUUAGAUGCCAACAAAGAAAUGAUAACCAUAUGUCAUAAUAUGGUAUGUUUGUUGAUCUCCUGACCGUCCAUAGAUUUUUAUGAAAUAUAUGAUUCAACUUAUAUACUCAGAAUUUCAAUAAGAGAUUAUGCCUAAAUUCAAUAUGGCUACCAUAGCAAAGAGAAUUUUCUUUUGACUGUAUGGGAAAUUCAUGAAAUCAAUUACUGCUCAGCAAAAUAUUUUCUUAUUUGACCAAAAUGAUCCCUGUGAUAUUUACCAUGAUAUGAUUGCUGUGAUGCAUUUGUUUUAAUCUAGAAACGAGAAAUUAUUUGAAUCUGGAAUAAUUUUGAAUUCUGGAAAAUUGAUGAGAAAUGUAUGAUGAAAACUAACCCAACUAAAUAGGUGUGCAUGGCUAAGGUCAAUUUUACUUUCACUGAUAAAUCAGUAUAAUUCUUAUAUGAUUUGCAUAUUAGGGAAUAUGUUGAUAUGGUUGGUUGAGAGGACUUCAGGUAAUUGUUCUUUACGUUGUAUAUUUUUCGAUAGACGACAUUGCAUGACCGAACUUCUUUUUGUAACCAAUGUAAACAAGAUGGCGGCGAUAAUGACACAAUCAGGAUCAAUGUUAACAAAAUUUAUUUUCACUUCGCGUUAAUCGUUAAAUUAAAUAAUAAACACAACAUUCGUUUGAAUGAUAAUAAGAGUUUUUGUAGUUUAUUUUUUUAUCAGAUUGCAAAUUUCAUGGAGUACAUAUUUUUGCGUUAACCAACAAAUAUAUUCAUGCGCCAGGGCUAUUCAAUGACACAAAUAUACAAUUAAUGUGUGAUAGAGGUUACGAGUGUGGAAAAAUAAAUUCCUUAUCUCCAAUUUUAAAGAGUUAUAAGGAUUAAAUGCCUAUUUAAAGGAAUUUAUUGGUGUAUAAACUGUACCAAGUCACUCACAAACAUAUCAUAAAAGUCCUUCGGACUUUUAUUUGUUUGUG